CCUGCCCCCCCGGGGGAGGCGUCGCCACCUCCCCUCGGAGGAGCGCUGACAUCAGCCUUAAAAGCCAGAGCCGGGCGUGGGAGGCGAGCGUAAGGCGCGGCUUGGCUUGGCUUAAUCCGGCGGCGCUCGCAGCCACUCUCCGCGGAGGAAAAAUUAAGUUUUUGGAAAUCCGUUACUCACACACCUUAGCGUCAUGGCGAACCGAGGCCCUGCUUAUGGACUCAGUCGGGAGGUUCAGCAAAAGAUCGACCGGCAGUACGAUCCUGAGCUUGAACAGAUUCUCAUCCAGUGGAUCAAGGCCCAAGUUGGGCCAAACAGCGGGGAGCCUGAACCAGGCAAAGACAAUUUCCAGAAAUGGCUGAAAGAUGGCACGGUGCUCUGCCAGCUGAUCAACAGCCUGUAUCCCAAGGGCCAGGGGCCUGUGGCCAAGAUCCAGUCUUCCAGCAUGGCCUUCAAACAAAUGGAGCAGAUUUCUCAGUUCUUACGCGCAGCGGAGAAGUACGGCAUCCUGGCUUCGGACAUUUUCCAAACCGUAGAUUUGUGGGAAGGGAAGAACAUGGCCUGCGUCCAGAGGACCUUGAUGAACCUGGGCGGGUUGGCAGUCUCCAAAGACGACGGCUUCUUCGCGGGAGACCCCAACUGGUUCCCCAAGAAAUCCCAGGAGAAUCGCCGGGCCUUCUCGGAUGACAAACUGAAAGAGGGACAAAACGUCAUCGGACUGCAGAUGGGGACGAACCGAGGGGCUUCCCAGGCUGGCAUGACGGGCUACGGGAUGCCCCGCCAGAUCCUUUGAGCCCACCGUUGCCGGCUGGCCUCCUUCACCUCCUCCAAUAUCUUCCUUUUCCAGAGAACUUUCCGGUGUUUCUUCUCCGUGAAACGAUCCUUUUGGAUUCUCCAUUUUCCCUCCAGACUCCUUUCCACCGUUUUUUUUAAUAUUAAACAAAAAGCAACACCCUCUAGGUUUUUUUUUUUUUUUUCCCCAGUUGUAUCUCCCCGUUCCUGCUUUUCCUGUCUCGGCUGGGGUUAUUUUUUCCCGGCCUCUCCAACAUCUCGUGGCCCUUCAUCACUCCAAGGGUCCCCAAAUGUGGAUAUUGGUUCCCCCUCUCCCAUCCGCUCAUGACCAUUUCCUAAGACGAGAUGGUGUCUUUCCAGUAUCUUGUCUUCCCUGUUCCAAAUGCUUUAAAAAAAGAUCGUAGCCGCCAAGCUGCAAAGGCUGACCUUUUUAAGGCAGCUUCUUUGGAACCAAAACCGAGAAUCGCCCUUCUCUUUCUGGACCAAAAUAAUCACUUUUUUUUUUUAAAGUCAUUUCUAAAGUUACAUGGGGCUUGUUUCGUUUCACCCCAGAAUGCCUACUAGGUCCUAUAGAUGCUGAACUGCCCCACUUCUUAAUUUUGAGUGAGUGGACUAGGAAGAUCAGGUGAUUCACCCCUUUCUCACAAAAUGUCACCCCUGGGAAGCUGGGUGUUUGACAGGACCCCUCUCUGCGCUUCCUGGCUUCAGCUUUUAUUUUGAGGAAGGGGCAGGGGUGUUAAUACAAGAGGGGGCAGAACUGUGCAGCUGAGUUUGAUGUAGUCUGUUUCUCUCUUUCUCUUGCAAAAUACUUAAAUCAAUCAAAGGGGGGGGGGGAGAAAAACCAGCCUUCAGAGUAGGGAGAUCCAUGGUGCUGAGUGCCCGUACCCACCCUCCACAGCUGGACCAGCCUUUUGGUCUUGGCAGUUUGGAAGCAUUGUUGAGUCACCGCAGCUUUUGGGGGCAAAGCCAGAAGCGAUAAUUUACCCUGAACUGCAGGGAAGUAUUUGGCCUCCAGGCUCUUGAUAAGAAAUAAAGAUUGCUCAAUUCUUUUGUUUA